GUAUGGUUAGUACGAGUAACAGCAACAGUACGAUCGAACCAAUCAUAUCCGCAUAAUGAAGAAAGUACCGUUGCUCGAAUGUACCGUUGCAAGCAUCGUACUGAUCCUAUGAUACGUGCCGGUACCGGUAUUCACAAGCAUUAUGUUCAAUGAUCUAUCAAAAUGGGUUUGAAAAAGAUCCCAAAGCUGCGGUAACAAGCCCAUCUUCCGGAGUCUUCAGUAGCCUUCCUCUGUAUUCAUUUCGAUUCCCUCAUCCGCAACGACGACUCCUUCACUAGUUUAGAGUACUUGCAAUCUAUCCGCCAGAUCAACAAUACCGGCAUUGUACAGGACACAGCUGCAAAGCAAGAUACCAGCUGAGCAAUAUUAAAUCGCAUCAGACGCAACAAGAAAACAAAGCAACAACAACAAAACCAAGAACAAGAAGGGUGCGAAUCACCACCUCGCAAAACAAACACCAAGCAGCAAUCAUGGAUCCAAAACAAAUGCCGCUCUCCAAUUUGGGCGUACCCAUCGAUGUAUCUGUCUCCGCCUCGUUGGGAACCACCAACCCCGGGGACAACGACAACGAGGACGGAUACAGAUCCUCCAGCAGCACUAUUACCACAGCUGCAUCGUUUGUUCAUCCCAGUCAAGCCUCUGCAUCGUGGACCCGCUUGGCAUCAAUGGACCAAGAAGACCCCCACGACGGAGCCAACCUCGGCCACCAACAACCCCACCACAAUCGUUCACGGCAGCCACAGCAGAGAGCCGAUGGCGGCCCCCACGAAGCAUCUCUCUUGCUGCCCCCGCAACGGCCUCCAGGAGAAGCCGAUGGCUCCCCGUUUUGCGCCGGCUCUCGGGAGCCAAAGCGGCGAUUCCAGGGGGCUACCAAGGGAGGGGCGAUGGAUGGGGAGAUGGAUCACCCUUCGAGGAAAAUUGUUGCUCUGGUGUUAUUCUUUGCGGUGGCCGCACUCGGAUCCCUUGCCUAUGCUGGUGUCCACGCCUUGCUCUCGUACCGAAAUCGAUUUGCUUCGUCGACGUGGGAGAACAACGAUGGAAAUCACUAUCACCGGCACAAUGGCUAUUCUCACGGCAGCGAGCAAGGUCGCAACAACGACUUUACUUCGUCUUUUUCGUCUUCGAAAUACCAAAAGGUUCGGUAUUUUGGAUUUCAGAUUUACACGGGAGGAGCCCCCGCCUUUUUGAACCAACACGAACACCCCAAUCGCAAUACCUCUUCUACCACCGGCGAAGGAACUGAACCCACCAGGGUCCCGAAUCCGGAAUGCAUCAUUACUAGUACCAGCGUCGGCAGCGAGUUUUCUGCACCAAACACCAACAAAUACGGACAAGUUCCUCUGGACGACGGCAUCAAUCUACAGUGCUACGUCGGGAACAAAGAUCCCAUGGUAGACGUGGCAGAGCGGCUCCGCAUCAUGAAGGACGCGAUCGAAGCGGCCUACGACGAGUACCAAAAGUUGCUGGCGGACGAUUCUCUUCCUUCGCAGGAACCAUCCAACGAAGCCGACGUCCUCAAGAUUUUUGCGGCACCAGAGUUUUUCUUUCGGGGUGCCAGUGGUGCCUACGACUUUACGGACGAUCCCAAACGCUUGGACAAAAUUUUUGGAUUCAACCAUACCGAUCCGAAGAGCCACGAAAACGGAAGCACAGACGACGGCGACGACGACGAGGUGUGCUCUGGCGAUUCUCCGGUCUGCGCCGUGCUGCUGGGCCUCCAAGAGAUGGUCCAGGACGAGCGAUUCGAGGACUGGCUGUUUUUGUUUGGGACCGUUGUGGCUACCCAGAGGCUCGAGGUAGCCGGUGGAGAUGGGGAAGGGGAGGACGCCAACGGGAACGAUGGUACCGGGAACCACACACAUCACCACCACCACCCAACCCACGACGACAACUACGAAUACCUGUACUACAAUUUCGCACCCGUUUACAAGGGAUUCGAUCCGGCCUGGGCAACGUUCCACAACAAAAAUGGCAGCAACGACGGCCACCACUUUGCGCUGGGGAAACGAUUCCUGGUCCCAAAGCGAUACGUCUCGACGAGUGAUUUCCUGACACCAAAACGGGACGUGGAUUGGAUCGACCGGGGAUCCGAAUGGGAGGAAUUGUUCGGGGAUGCCGUCGAUGAAGAAGAAUCUUCUUCCCCCACGGAUGAAAUUCCGAGCGGAGAAUGGGUCACGGCCUUUGGCCGGAAAGACGAGACAGAAUCCACGGCUUCCGAGGAAUCGAAGGCCACCACCGUGGAAGCAACAAAACCAGCAAUCGUGGUGGACAAUCCCCGAAGCUACCAGCACAAGCGUUACGAUGACGAUUGGUUCGAAGCCUACAAGGUUCAGCUGUAUGAAUCCGCUGGAUACGUCCAGGUCGAAUACGACUGGCUCGUCGUUGAUGGAAUCGCCUUUACCGUUGAAAUCUGCCUGGACCACCAGCUCCGGAGGGCCCUGGACACGUUCCAGGGGGAUCUCGUCACGGGACGGACCACGCGGAUCCCGUCUACGAACCAGCACAGCAACGGCCUCGGGUACGCCCCGAUCCCGACCCACCAGGCCCAGAUCGGCCUCGUGGCGAGUGCCGGCAUGUCCCCCAACGCGGAGAGCCUGGCUCUGACCCAGAACGGAAUCCUGUUCCUGCAGGACGGCCUGUCCAACCAUACCGCCCGGGCCUUUGUCGACACCGAGCAGUCGCAGCAGUGUGGCCCACAGCAGGGCCUGCAGUACGAGGGAGGGACGGUGGCGGUCCGCCGGAGGGCGCUGGUGUCAAAAACCGACGUUCGCUUCGAAUACGAGCUGCUGAGCGGGAACGGGGGUCCCUGCGGCGGCGCGAGCAAAAGCAGCGCGGGAUCCGGCAACGGCGCCAGCGAAGAACUGGCGUGCGAGCACAAAAUCCCCGUCUACGGUGCCGUUGGGCAGGAACGGCAUCCUGGGGAUUCGCAUCCCGAACGAGAUUGGAAGGGAAACCUGCGCGGAAUCUUUUCUACGGAAAUGUACGAACCCCACCUGGUAGUCUACGGGCCCUUCGACAUCCCCAACACGGGUCGGUGACGAUCUCGUCUAGAAAACGUCCGAAGGAAAUCGACUGGAGCCAUACCGCCGCGUCUCUCUUGUCACCGCAAUGGCUCGUACCGACAGACAAGGUCUCUACCCCACCUAUCGUAGGACGGGUUUCAAAACAACUCAAACCAUUGCUAUUACUAACUUGUAGGCGAACCAUAUCUAACU